UCUUCACCUCAUUGUGUGAUCAUUUGUGAUUUAUGCAUCGACCACUGGCAGCGCAGCAUCAGUGUCUCGUUUACUGUGGUUUGUAAUGAGUUUAAAGAAGAUCAGGGCUUCAUAAACUCUUAAUUGACGGCCAGCUGUGUCAGCUGAAGGAUGAUGCUGUCAAGCGCUAACACGCUGCCGAAGCUGUAUCUGUCCGUCAUCGAGGAUGUGAUCGAGAGCAUCAGAGAGCUGUUUUGUGAUGAAGGAGUGGAGGAACGAGUGCUGGACAACCUCAGACAGCUCUGGGAGUCAAAGGUCAUUCAGUCUAAGGCUGUGGAGGGUUUCAUGAAAGACAACAAUCCGUCCAAUUUUGUUCUGCAGCUUCCAGCAAACUACUCUCAGAGUCUCCAUAAACCCACCGUUGUCAUUCCAGCAGCUCAGAAUGUGCCGAGUUUCUCCUCCAAAGCAAGCAGCUGUGGUUCUGUCGCGACCUUCUCUCUGCCGGCUGGAAUCACGUAUCCGGUGCAGAUCCCCGCGGGCGUCACGCUGCAGACGGCCUCAG